AUGGCGGCCCCAGAGACAUGCAGCUCCCUUCCUGAGCCUCCUGAAGCAGAGUCCUGCGACGGACCUCAGCUGGACCCCAACCAGACCCCGCAAAACCAGAACAACAACAAGAAGAAAGAGGAGGAUGACGAGGACGAAGAGGAUGAAGGAUCUGAACUUCAGGACCAGGAGCCUUCAGACCCGGAGUGUGUGGAGGAGAGAUUCCGGAUCGACCGGAAGAAGCUGGAGCUCAUGCUGUACGCUCCUGCUGAAGGUUCAGGGCUGUCAGGCGAGGAGUUCUUCCAGAAAGUGAUGAGAGAAACACACACUCAGGUAAAAUGGCCAUCCAAGCUGAAGAUCGGUGCCAAAUCAAAGAAAGAUCCUCAUGUGAAAGUGGAGGGGAAGAGAGCAAACGUUCUGGAGGCCAAGCGCAAGAUUUUGGAGCUCCUAGAGACUAAGGUGAAUAAAGUCACACUGAAGAUGGACGUCACGCAUACAGAGCACUCUCAUGUGAUUGGGAAAGGAGGCGGAAACAUUAAGAAGGUCAUGGAGGACACUUCCUGUCACAUUCACUUCCCUGAUUCCAACCGAAACAACAGCGCGGGAGAAAAGAGUAACCAGGUGUCAAUCGCUGGGCCGGUUCAGGGGGUGGAGUCUGCCAGGAGACAGAUCCGGGACCUGCAGCCGCUGGUUCUGACCUUUGACCUUCCGGUGACCCUUGUGGGGGGUGUGGUGUGUGACACGGGCUCUCCGGUGAUUCAGCACGUGGCUCAGGCGUUCGGAGUGAGCGUCAGCUUCAGGACGCAGCCCAAACUCUACAGCAGCACCUGCAGCGUGAGAGGAACGCAGGGGAACGCCGCGGCCGUCAAGAAGGCCACCUGCGUGCUGAUGGAGCUGCUGCUGGGCUCCGAGGCCCUGGCCGGGGUCACGGGGGUGAUGGUGAGCACACAGCUGGACGUGACCUCGCAGCAGCACCUCUUCCUGUUGGGUCAGAACGGAGCCAACUUCCUGACCGUCAUGCAUCAGACGCACACACAGAUCAUCCUGCCUGACCUCAGCGCUCCGCAGCACACACCCUCGCUGCUGAUCCAGGGCACGGCCGACGGAGUGUGUGUUGCUCGCCAGCAGCUCAUGGACUGUCUGCCCGUCUGCCUGAUGUUUGAUUUGAAGGACGAGGGAGAGUCUGACCCUCGGAAACUCGCUCAGAUGAUGCAGAAUCUGGGUGUUUUCAUCAGCAUCAAACCCAAGGUCAAGCAGACAGCGAAGUCGGUGGUCGUUAAAGGUUUGGAGAGGAACAUCGUUAGCCUUUAUGAGGCCAGACGUCUGCUGCUGGGCCUGGACUCCACUGAGGUUUCCAUGACAACCAAGAAUGUGUCUGAGGUGACCAAGACCCCGGCGGACCCUCUGGUGGCCAAUAAUGGAAUCACAAGCUACUGGAUCAAUGUUCUUCUGCAGCAGCUGCGCCUCACUGAGACAGGUGCUGUGUCCGCUCCUGAUGCCACAAUUGGCUCUCUCUCUGGAAAGCCCCGCCCCUUGCCUCCCGGAUUGGCUAUUUCAUUAGAAGAUAAACGGAUAGGAAUCAAAGGAGUUGAAUCUAAAUUAGAAAAGAUUCCAGAGGCUGAGGAUCAGCCGACACAAUCAGAGAUGGAGGCCUGCGUCUCGCCACAUGCAGAGGUCACAGAGGUCAGAGAGGUCGUUGUCAAGCCAACUGUCUCGAGGAGAGGCAGCCAAUCAGAGGCCUUGAGAGAGCCAAACCCACCGUUCACGCCGGAGAGGUCAGGGAGAGUGGAGGUGGAUGGUGUUUAUCUGAACAGAGACAGACGCUGUAGUCUGAGAAUAUUCCCAUCUGUGGACAAUAAUAAUGAGGAUCGUGAAUACGAGAGAAAGAAGCUUCUGGCAACUCAAGCCAUGCAGCAGAAGCCCGUGGUGACGGAGGUUCGAACCCCUACAGACACCUGGAGCGGCUUGGGCUUCUCCAAAUCAAUGCCCACUGACGCUGUGAAAGAGCUGAGAGCCGUGAGCCGCCGCUGCUACAGACCCUACCACAACCAGCAGUCGUGGAGUUCACAGAACUCAAAGGAACGUGGUUGGAACGGCAGCGACUCUGAAAACUGGAGAGAAAGACGUGGAUCUCUGUCUUCAUCCCCACCUCCAUCAUCAUCCUCAUUCACUCCCUACAGUCUGUCAGCGUCCCGAACAACUGAGGGAUACCUCGCUGGCUCUGAGGACGGGGCAUCCAGACAUUUGAUUGGCAGGUCUCCCAGUCCCUCCCACGCAGACGAUCUUAUUGAGUUACUGGCACAGUUGGGUCUGGAGAAGUACAUCGAUAUUUUCCAACAACAGGAGAUUGAUUACCAAACGUUCCUGACGCUCUCAGAUGAGGAUUUGAAGGAAGUGGGCGUGAACACAUUUGGAGCGCGACGCAAGAUGAUCCUCGCCAUCACGGAUUUAAGCAAAAAGAGGAAGUUUUUUCCAGAAGUGCCCUGCAUGAAGUCGGGAUACCUGGAGGGAGGCGCGAGCGGCCGUCUUCCGCGGAUCAUGAACGAGGACACAGCUGCCAAGAGUAACCGCUGGUGACGGGACGGUCUGACCGCUGCAGAGCUUCCUAUAAUGCCCCUGGGGCCGCUUUGUGCUUCCUGUCAUGUGGCCCUCUGGGACCAAUCAAAGUAUGACAUGAUAGAUGAUUUCCAUAUAAGACAGAGAGGACAGAUGUGCUGUGACUCUCAGAGGAAACACGCAGAGAAGUGUGACCUUCAUCGUGAACCGACCGACUGCCCGUCCAGAACUCACGCUUAGUAUGCAAGUCUCUGCCCCUCUCUACCUCUGUUUCUCUGUCCGCUGCUCCUCUAUGCAAAACUUCAUUUCCUUCAUGUUCAAAUACGAGAAUACUUUACGACUAUGCUUUAAUGUCAGGUAAAUUUGGAUCUUCCAUUAAAUGAGAACCAAAAGCACAGUUUCCUGUAUUAAUUUGAAGUAAUGUUGGAUUUUAGAGUUGGAUUAUUAUUUUAAUGUAAAUAUUUUUUGUGACAAAAAACAUUAGU